GGUUCAGUAGAGUGGGCGGGACGUUCAUUGGGCUGUAGUUCCGUCAUCUCGCGCGUCCCCGGGGCUACGGGGGGCCAAUGUUGAUUUGGGCGAAUACUCGUCGAUGUCUGGGAAGAUUUGACUUCUAAAAAGCCAAGUCGGCUAGUGCCAAGGUGGCAGCCUUUUCCGACCGAGAACACCGAAUUCCUGCCUCCUGUGUUGCUGUGUUUUUAGAGGCUGGGGGUGAAGGUGGGAAGGCAGGGGGGCCUCGCUCGGUGGGGGCUGCAAGGAGGCUGAGGAGAAGACUGGUCCUCCGUCGUUCAGGCCGACGGAGCUCCGCGCUAUCUGGGAAGCUUUAGCGGCCCAGUGAGGAGAUUUUAUCACCUCACCGAACGAGCGCCCGCACCCCCAUCCACUGCAUCAGCAGUCGACAGCCUGUUCGAGAUCAACACUUUGUUCGCUCCGGUUGGAUUUAGGCGAUACUGUCGAUUCCUAAUCGAGCUUAGAGCUGCUUAACGGGCCCAAUAACGACGGAUCGCUCCUUGACGAGUUGUCAUCAUGGGCAACGCGCCCACGGCCAGGAAGGGCAGCGAGAUGGAAAGCGUCAAGGAGUUCCUUGCUAAAGCCAAAGAGGACUUCCUCAAGAAGUGGGAGAACCCUGAACAGAACACUGCUUGCCUGGAGCAGUUUGAGAGGUUGAAAACUCUGGGCACGGGAUCAUUUGGUCGUGUUAUGCUGGUGAGGCACAGAGAAACGGGACAGCACUACGCCAUGAAGAUCCUCAACAAGCAGAAGGUGGUGAAGCUCAAGCAGAUAGAGCACACUCUGAAUGAGAAGAGAAUUCUUCAGGCUGUCAAUUUUCCUUUUCUGGUGCGGUUAGAGUACUCCUUCAAGGACAACACUAACCUCUACAUGGUAAUGGAGUACGUGCCGGGUGGAGAGAUGUUUUCCCAUCUACGGAGAAUUGGCAGAUUUAGUGAGCCUCAUGCUCGGUUCUACGCUGCUCAAAUUGUUCUGACCUUUGAGUACCUGCAUGCUCUGGACCUGAUUUACAGAGACCUGAAACCUGAAAACCUUCUCAUAGACCAACAGGGCUACAUACAGGUGACAGAUUUUGGCUUUGCCAAACGUGUAAAGGGCAGGACUUGGACACUGUGUGGCACUCCAGAAUAUCUGGCCCCUGAAAUCAUUCUCAGCAAGGGGUAUAACAAGGCGGUGGACUGGUGGGCCCUGGGCGUACUGGUCUAUGAAAUGGCAGCAGGGUACCCCCCUUUCUUCGCUGACCAGCCUAUUCAGAUCUAUGAGAAGAUUGUAUCAGGGAAGGUGCGUUUCCCAUCUCACUUCAGCUCAGACCUAAAGGACCUUCUGAGGAACCUGCUACAGGUUGAUUUAACAAAACGCUACGGGAACCUCAAGAACGGGGUCAACGACAUCAAAGGACACAAGUGGUUUUCAACCACCGACUGGAUCGCCAUUUACCAGAAAAAGGUGGAAGCGCCAUUCGUCCCCAAGUUUAAGGGACCGGGCGACACCAGCAACUUUGACGACUACGAGGAGGAGGAGAUUCGCAUUUCCUUCAAUGAGAAAUGUGCCAAGGAGUUUGCUGAGUUCUAAAGCGAGCGAGCGAGUGAGUGAAUGAGGGAGGGAAUUGAUGAGGAAGCAGUGGGGGGGGGGAGUCAGAGCUAUGCUGGUCGAGUGGGAGAUCUAAGAAGGAGCGUGCCGUCCGUCUCCUGUCACAAUCACAAGCACCAGCUGCAAAAAGGGGGGAAAAAGGUAUCGAGAGGCGAUAAGAGAGAGCAAGAAAACCGAUUACCAGCAGUGUUGCCUUUUUCUGUUCUACUUUACUUUACGAUUCUAUCUCAUGUUUGGAUCCCUUUAUAAUGAAGGUGUGCUUCAAAUUCAUAGAUGCGGGGAACCCCUCUUGUUUAGAAUUGCUGCGACACAGUUUCCUCCCUGCUGGUAUCGUUCCUUGUUCCGUUCUUCACAUUUGCGGCGCAGGAGAGGCAAAACUGUUUGUUAGCAUCAACCAUUCCAUCUGUUUGUCGUAUACGUGAAGCUCACUGAGACUUCGGAAGUCGGAAGUCUAAAUUCACAUUAAUAAUUGGCUGGCCUUUUCCCCUGAUAAGUGAAAGAGAUUUCAUCAAUAAAUCACAGACAAACAUUCAGCUUGAAUUUUGAUUUUGAAGCUAUUCUUUUUUUUCUCCCUGACUCCGUAUGCUUUUACAGUAAACCUCGGAUAUAUCGGAUUCAAUUGUUCCCACUGGUUUUGUCCGAUAUAAGCGAAAUCCGUUAUAUGCGUAUAUCGGAAAAUGUCCGUUUUACGCAUAUAUCGGAUUUAUAUCCGGUAUAUGCGUGAAUCGGAUUUUAUCCGUUAUAAAAAGGCACUUCCUUGACUAUGUUUCCAAUGUACCUGGACGCGCAGGCAACGCUGCAAACGCUGCAAAUGACGUCGUAUAGCGGCCUGUCACGAUUCGGCGAAUCGGAGCGCCACGAUGCGGCCAUCCGAUAUAUGCGAGGGAAAUUUAAUGGAAAUGCAUUGGAACGGGACUGGAGAUUUUGUCCGAAAUAGGCGAAAUCCGUUAUAAAAAAUCCGAUAUAUGCAAUGAAUUUUUAUUGGAAAUGCAUUACAGAAAAAUCGGUUCUUUUUUAUCUGUCCGUUGCGAGCGAAUUUCCGAUAUAUCCGAGUCCGAUAUAUCCGAGAUUUACUGUAUAUUGACCGGCAAUGAAAAAACAAACCAUAUGAUGCAGUCAGACAGGAAAGUCACUCAUGUUGACUAUGUGACUCUUUAUUCUCAUUGUUAGCAUAGCAAGACUUUGUCCAUCUCCACAAAAAAAAAAAAAAACACUUUUAAUGUUUAAAAUGUGUCUCCGCCGAUAUCAUGUCAUGCUAACACAAAGAAAGCGGGAAUGCAAAAUCUGUGUUUUAAUGGUGGAAGGAACACCGUCACAUGGUAUCUCAGGUUUGAACAUAUCACUCAACGGGGAUAUUCAAUGAGCAUAACUCAUGACAUGGAAAAUUUCAAGUUGUGGUUGGAAUUAAAAAGGAACAAAAGGGAAUUUUUAGAUAUUUGAUUAGUGUCUUCCACAGUUUUGCCCUUCCAUUUAAGUUUUGUGACUGGACAUAAGCCCGUGCUGUCGACACUCAGCGCUCAUCUACCGGCAACGUUGGUUUUGCAUGUUUUUUUUGCCCUGUAAAAAGACUGUCUGAGGCAGACUACCUCAAACUGCUUCUGGAUCACCAGAGCACUUUGAUCUGUCAUUGAUGGUGGUCUUAUUUGUGUCCUUUUUUUUUUUUUUUUUUUUUUU